ACACUAGUGACAAUCCAACGACGAGCAAACGACGCAGAAUGGGACGGAAAGUGACGGUCGCCGUUGCCACCCUGAACCAGUGGGCGCUGGAUUUCGAGGGAAACAUGUCCCGCAUCAUGGAGUCGAUUCUGGAGGCGCGCGAAAUGGGAGCCACCUAUCGGACCGGGCCGGAGCUGGAAGUGACUGGCUACAGCUGCGAGGACCACUUCCACGAAUCGGACACCUAUCUGCACUCGUGGGAGAUCCUGCUGGAGAUCAUGAUGUCGCCGCACUGCCAGAACAUGCUGAUCGACGUCGGCAUGCCGGUGCAGCACCGAAACGUGGCCUACAACUGCCGGGUGGUGUUCCACAACAAGCGCAUCCUGCUCAUCCGGCCGAAGCUGGUGAUGUGCGACGACGGGAACUACCGCGAGACGCGGUGGUUCUCCUCCUGGACCAAGGUACGUCAAACCGAGGAAUACUACCUUCCGCGGAUGAUUGCCUCGGCCACCGGGCAGCAUACGGUGCCCAUCGGAGACGCCGUCGUCGCCACCAGGGACACCUGUUUGGGGUACGAGAUCUGCGAGGAGUUGUGGAACCCCCGAAGUACCCACAUCGAUAUGUCCCUGUCGGGGGUGGAGAUUAUAGUCAACAGUUCCGGAAGCUACAUGCAGCUGCGAAAGGCCUACAUAACGACGGAUUUGAUCCGGAAUGCCAGCUACAAGGCAGGUGGUGCGUAUUUGUUCAGUAACCUUCGGGGGUGCGAUGGCCAGCGGGUGUAUUUCAAUGGGUGUUCGGCGGUUGCCUUGAACGGUCAUGUCAUUGCCAGGGGGAAGCAAUUUUCUCUGGAGGACGUUGAGGUCACAACGGCGACAGUGGAUUUGGAGGACAUCCGGUCGUAUCGGGUGGCUAUGCGCUCGCGUUGUACAAUUGCCGCAUCAACUCCGACCUAUCCUCGGGUGAACGUCGACUUUGCCCUGUCCCAUGCAUGUGACCUGAACAUCCCACCGAGUGCCCCUCUCGAGUGGAUCUAUCACAGUGCGGAGGAGGAAAUUUCACUCGGACCGGCUUGCUGGAUGUGGGAUUAUCUUCGUCGGUCGGGUCAAGGUGGCUUCUUCCUGCCGCUGAGUGGAGGAGUCGAUUCGAGCAGUACGGCCAUUAUCGUACACUCCAUGUGCCGUCUGGUCGUGAAAUCGAUCAUGCUCGGGGACAUUCAGGUGCUGCACGACAUCCGGAAGAUUCUCGCCGAUCCGGAAUUCACUCCGGACAAUCCGGCUGCACUGUGCAACCGUCUGCUGGUGACGUGCUACAUGGGCAGUGAGAAUUCAAGCAAGGAAACCCGCCAAAGGGCGAACAGUUUGGCCAAUCAGAUUGGGAGCUAUCAUCUGGAGAUCAACAUCGAUGGCGCAGUGAGUGCUUUGCUGUCGAUCUUCAACACCGUUACGGGAAUGAAACCCUUGUUCAAAACACAAGGAGGCUGUCCGAGGCAGAAUUUGGCUCUGCAGAACAUUCAGGCGAGGACGAGAAUGGUCCUGUCGUACUUGUUUGCCCAGUUGAUACUUUGGGUACGCAACCGACCGGGUGGCUUGUUGGUUCUGGGAUCGGCCAACGUCGACGAAGCCCUGCGUGGAUAUAUGACCAAGUAUGACUGCUCGUCGGCCGAUAUCAACCCCAUCGGAGGCAUCUCCAAGACGGAUCUGAAACGUUUCUUGUUGUUUGCCAAGGACAAGUUCAAUCUUCCCAUAGUUUUGGAUAUCGUUGCCGCACCACCAACUGCCGAGCUGGAACCACUGCAUGAGGGCGCCCUUGCCCAAACGGACGAAGAAGACAUGGGCAUGACCUACCAUGAGCUGAGUGAAUUUGGCCGCCUGCGGAAGCAGAACUACUGCGGUCCUUACAGCAUGUUCUGCAAGUUGGUAUCGAUGUGGAAGGAGAGCUGUACACCACGGGAAGUCUCCGACAAGGUGAAGCACUUCUUCCGCUGCUAUGCCAUCAAUCGGCACAAGAUGACGGUCCUUACGCCAUCGUACCACGCCGAAUCAUACAGUCCGGAUGACAAUCGGUUCGACCACCGACCGUUCCUGUACCGGGCCAACUGGAGCUGGCAGUUCAAGUGUAUCGAUGAGGAGCUGGAGCGGACCACGUGCCCAGUCACGGCACCGCCGUCAUCCGGCGAUGACAAGAGCGGCAGUGGUGGUCAUUAUGAUAUCGGUUCGGCCAAGAGCGGCCACUCACCAAGUAGUGCUCGGCGGGGAAUCAGCGGUGGGGACAAGAGUACUUCACCGUUGGUCUUCUCCGAAGCCGGAAACACCGGAAUGAGCAGCGGCGGUAGUGCCCACCAACUGAACAACAACCACACCGGACACGAGUCGUUGAAGUUGACCAAAUCGCACAGCAGUGGAGGCUACUCGAAGAUGCAUUCGAGUGUGAUGGGGAAGAUUAAGGAUAGAACCGGCGUGCCAGUUUAAGUCAGUCGCAUAAACGGAAAAAAUACCACGCAUAAAUAGGGCCAGUAAGUAGCUGAAGUGAUGAAUUUGGAGAUCACCAAUAACGCUUUACCAAUUAUUACCGAUGCCAGUUACACGUGCUGCUGCACACACAUACAACCUAGCAGUUAGAAAAUAAAGUCAGGCUUUUUUAAACGGAAACUCGAAAAAAAUUUCCACUUUUCUAGUUGAUUUUCUGUUCAUUGUGCUUUUCGAAGUUUACGCAUAAUUAAGGCAACUUACAAUAACAAAAUGAAUAACCUUGCACUGUCACUUACCGAUAUUGAACCUUAAAUACAAAAACGAAAACCGAAAAGUGCGCAUAACGAACGAGCGGAGGAGAUUUUAGAUUCUUUUUAUAGUUCAUAUAGGCAUAUUCUUACCUAACUGAAUACCUAAAAUAAAUAACUUAGAAUUACAAGCAGAGCAGACCUCAACAAAUGUAAUUGUUAGCACCACAAGCACACAUACUCACGGUUAGACGACCCCAAAACAAGGGCGCUAUUUACUAAAAUUCUAGGGAACAACGACUUUCGAAUUACGAUGGAAAUAUUUAAAAUUACUAGUAUCUAGGUACAACUUUGAUAGCAAAAUUGGGAUCCUAAUAAA